AUGUCCGAAAACAAUCAGGUCUUUCUCUCUGGAUGGAUUGCGGCCGAUGAUGCUGCCUUGAUCCACGAAGCGCUCCAUGGAGCGGGGUACCUCAUUCAUCAAACUGGAAAUGUCGUGACGAUCAGCCGCCCUCCAACCCCAACCAUUCAAGACACUAGCCAAGAAGAUGGUGGCGAUGAUGCAAGUGCCGAGUCUUCGAAAACUCCUAGCGUUCUCGAACAUGUCGACAGCCUUCACCUUGAGGAAGACUUGUCCACUGAUGAUGAUGAAAAGGACAUUGUUCAAGAGCUCCAAAACUGCGAAAUCACCAAGCCCAAGACCUCCCGCCGUGCCUGGAAAUCCCGCCGUGCCGUACCCCAGAGCCCUCCCGAAAGCCCAGUCGACAACUUCAUUGAAUCACAGGAUGUCUUCUGGUAG